CAUACAGUUACCAAGUUGAUGUUCGCAUAAUACGUCUGACCUUGUCACUCUGGCCAAAAACUUUAAGUGGUUCCCCAUUGUCCCUGCUCCUCUGACAUUUAAAGUCCUUCCCAAGCCAUGCCUCAGUUUCCUUUGCAACAUUAAGGGGUGGGUGGAGAAAGAAUCAGACUCAGUGGCUUUGAAGAUUUCUUGUCCUAAAUCUGUGAUCCUAUGAUCCUGCAAUAUCCAAGGUGACCCAUGAAGGAUGAGCCAGCAAAAGAGACUGAGAAGGAAUAGCCAGCCAAUCAAGAAGAGAGCUAGGUGGGACGAUGUCAUAAAAAUCCACGGGAAGGACUAAGGGAGUGUGAGUGUCAAACACUGUAAAGAGGCCAAGGAAAAUGGAUUGUUCCAUUCAGAGUUCCCUGAUCUUAAAGAGGAGUUUUAGAAUAGCGUCGCGGUCAGAAGCCAGAGAGCAAGAGAAGUGGUGAAUGACAUACUCAAAGCUGAAAGCCCUAAAGCCAAGAACCAGGGACAGCUCAGUUCAACAAAGCAACCACAGCCAGAACCCAGCCUCCAGACCUGCUACCAAGAUGCCAGAUCCCAGGCUGCUGGCCUGCUUCCUCUGCCUUCUCACCUUCACCUCUGCCUGCUACUUCCAGAACUGUCCAAGGGGAGGCAAGCGCUCCUUGACUGACAUUGAGAUGAGACAGUGUCUCACCUGUGGUCCUAAGAGCCAAGGGCAUUGCUUUGGGCCCAGCAUCUGCUGUGGAGAUGAAUUAGGCUGCUAUAUGGGCACUGCUGAGAGCCUGAGGUGCCAGGAAGAGAGCUACCUGCCCUCUCCCUGCCAGUCUGGCCAGAAACCCUGUGGCAAUGGAGGACGUUGCGCUGCUGCUGGGAUCUGCUGCAAUGCUGAGAGCUGUAUGGUGGAACCAGCCUGCUGGGAGGAAACUGGCAACCAGAGGAGGGCAAAGACCAGUGAGAAGAGCAGUUGGACCCAGCUGGAUGGGCCAGCCAGUGCCUUCCUGCUGCACCAAGUGCAGCUGGCUGGUCAGCACUUGGGGGAACUGCAGCCUCCCAAAGAGGAAGCUAUCUACUGAGGAUUCCCUUGAGGAGCAGCUCCCCUCUCUCCAGCAUGCCACCCUCUCCCUUCC